AUGUCGCUUCCUGGGGAUGUUCGCGAAUUUUUGGACAACUACCCUGACUUGCCGGAUGACCCUUCCCUCAACUCAAAUCUUCGAUUCUAUUCCAACCUAGAGCGCUGUAGGCCGGACAAUCUCCUGAUCGAUGAGCUGCACGAACAAUGGAAGACGGACUAUGCAAAGCUGGAAUACAAGCACGGCUACAUUCAGUGGCUGUUCCCUCUGCAGGAGUACGGCAUGAAUUUCGAGGCGCAGCCCCUGCAGAAACAUGAGAUCGCAGAUAUGAAAGCCGAUCCCAAGAUCAUCGAACGCCUCGAGCGGUCCUACGAGAUCAUGCUCGGCUUCUUUGGGAUGGAGCUCGUCUCGAAGGAGACGGGAGAGCUUCGUCGCGUGCAGAAGUGGGAGGAGAGAUAUUUCAACCUCGCGCGCGCACCUCACAACAACCUCCGCAUAUCCCGCAUCCUGAAAUGUCUCUCCGAGUUUGGGCUGGAGCGCUAUAACGCGGGCUUCUUGUUGUUCGUGCUGUACGAGCAGAGCGCAAACAAUAUCCUCCGGAGCAAUAUCCUCGUGAACAGCAUGGACAGGUGGUGGGCGAACUGCCUACGCAACCCUGAGGAGCGAGCUUGGAUCAAGGACACUAUACAGAAGGUGAGAUCGGGGUCCACCGAUUACGUCUUCACAGACGAGGCGUAUCGGGAUGCGUUGAAGAGGAGGAAAGAGACUGGGAAGUUGCAGGGGUAA